CCCUGAACAGACCAGGAGCCAGCUAACUUGUACAUAAAACGAAUGUACUGCGUAAUUCCUGAAUAGACUUAUCAUCUCGUACAAAUCUAGUUGUCAUUUAUCAUCGUUAAUACACGUUUAUUACUAGAAGGGAUGCUUAAUAAGUUUACUAUGGUUUGCCUCUCUGAUUUAAUGUAGACAUAUGUUAUUUUCUGCUACUGGUAUUCUACGAAAACAUCAAUCUAGUGGUAUUCUUAUCAAUACUAAUCAGUCCAUCUCUUUACUCAAUCUACCUGACGAGUUAAUUCUGCGUAUUCUCAAAUAUUUAAACCAAAUUGAUCUGAUAAGAAGUGUUUCAAGAGUUAACAAAAGGCUCCAUGUGUUAACUCGCAAUUCAUAUUUCUGGAAACACUUAGAUUUGUCUGGUUGUAAAUUGCAACCAAAAGAUUUACGCCUUUUAUCUAGACAGAAGCUAAUUGGACGACAGACAUGUAGUGUUAAGAUUGAAUUUGACGCAGGAUCUAAAAAUAUUGAAUCGGGAUUAGCAUCAAUCUUCAAGAUUUGUGGUAGUCUAACUCAUAUUCUUAUCAAGGGAGGAUGUAUUCAAAACUUUCAAAAUUUCUUGAGAAUAUUCUCCGACCACUUAGAAAAUCUUGAGUUAAUUGAAACUUCUGCUAAAAAUAAAUUGUUCCAUGAUGAGUCUCUGCCCAGUGAAUCACGAUUUCCCCUGAAAUCUCUUAACUGUACAAAUAGCAGUUGGAUACACGAGUGUCAUUUACACGCAUUCAUUGGUGGAACUAUAUCAAAGCAUUUAAAACACUUGAAUGUCUCCAAUUGUUAUCGUUUAUUUCAUGGUCCACCAGUAGCCGCCAAUUUCAAUGUACGAUUUAAAGAAAUGUUGCACUUCUUAAAGCACACCUGUCCAUAUCUUGAAAAAUUAAAUCUAUCCUCAGUGUUUGUGUCACAAUUGCAUGAACCACCUGUACCAUCACUACUUGAUAUUGACAAAACUUUAUUAGGCCUGCUACCUAACACCUUGCCUAGUCUAUAUUCAUUAGAUUUAUCUCAGAAUACAAUGAUCAUUGCACACUUGUCAUACUGCCUACAAAAUCCCAGUCAAUAUUUCGAUGAUAUCUUCAAAUAUUUUAUUCUUUCAUUUUUUGAUAAAAUGUAUAAAGCGGAAAUUUAUUUAUAUCUCUACGGUUGGCCGUAUAAUUUAAUCAGGAAUCUAUACACUGUAUGCAAUCAUCUUGUACCGGAGAAUAGUGUAGUACUCAUCUAUGUCAAUAAUUUAUCUCAUCAUAUAGAAGAUAGUGAUAAGUGUAAAAUUAUAUCGCAGAAUGUUUCGAACAGUUCAUAG